AAAGAAGACCAAGAGUGUAGUUGGAAGGGAUUGGGAUUGGGAGCUUACAAAUGAGAGGCAGCCAAUAUGGCUGCGUAACCCUGAUGAAGUUAAAAAGGAGGAGUACAAUGAGUUCUACAAGAAAACAUUUAACGAUUAUUUAGAACCCCUUGCCUCUUCACACUUUGGGACUGAGGGUGAAGUUGAGUUUAGGUCUAUACUAUAUGUGCCGUCUAUGAAACCCUCAGGGAAGGAUGACAUUAUCAACCCCAAGACAAAGAAUAUAGGGCUGUUUGUAAAAGGAAAAUUCAUUUCUGAUGGUUUCGAUGGUGAAUUGUUACCACGGUAUUUGAGAUUCAUCAUGGGUGUUGUUGAUUCAAAUGAUCCUCCUCUAAACGUCUCAGGCAAAAUCCUUCAAGAAAGCCAUAUUGUUCGCAUUAUGAAAAAACGUCUGGUGCGCAAGGCCUUUGACAUGAUCCGUGGCAUAUCUAUGAGUGAAGAUAGAGAGGACUAUAUGAAAUUCUGGAGGAAUUUUGGCAAACACUUGAAGUUAGGUUGCAUUGAACGUGAGAACCGCAAACGCAUUGCUCCAUUACUUCGAUUUUUUCAUCUCAAAGCACGGAGGAUGUUAUCAGCUUGGAUGAGUAUGUUGAGAACAUGAAAGCUGAUCAGAAAGAUAUUUAUUUCAUUGCGGCUGACAGCGUAACUAGUGCAAGGAAUACACCCUUGCUGAAGAAACUUGUCAAAAAGGGUAUCGAGGUUCUGUUCUUGGUGGACCCUGUAGAUAAGGUUGCUA